CGCUGGAUCACUUCGCACCGUCGUGCGAAGUGUGGAGAUUGGGGGGUUGCUAUUGAGGUCUUACUAGCAAUAUCUGUGUUAGGUUCAGGUUACAAGAUAGCUCUUGGAUCUUCAACACCUAAUCAGAACCUGAAAUGGCGGAAAUGAUCCCGCAGAACUUACGGGAGCCUGUGGAGGAGGAGGAGACAGAGGCAAAUCAGCUGCUGCUACGCCACGCGUCGCAGAGCUCGCUGGACGAGAGCUCGCAGCGGCAGGGGCAGCGGGAGGCGGUGCCGGACCGGCCGCCCUACCGCAACGGCUCCCACUGCAGCCGCGCCUUCCAGCAGAUGUACUCCAUGCGCAGGGAGAGGGCCCUGUGCGACGUCGUGCUGGAGGUCGACUCGCGGGAGAUCUUCGCCCACAAGGUGGUCCUGGCGUCGGCGAGCCCCUACUUCAGGGCGAUGUUCACCAGCUUCGAGGAGAGCCGCCAGAACCGCGUCAAGCUGCAGCAGAUGGAUCCGUCGGCACUGGAGGCGCUCGUCAACUACAUCUACUCGGCCGAGAUCCGCGUCACCGAGGGGAACGUGCAGAUCCUGCUGCCAGCCUCCAACCUCCUCCAGCUGUCGGACGUCAGGGACGCCUGCUGUGACUUCCUGCAGAGUCACCUGCAUCCCACCAACUGUCUGGGGAUCCGGUCUUUUGCCGAUCUGCAUGGUUGUAUCGACUUGAAGACAAACGCCGAUGCCUACAUCGAGCUCAACUUCAGUGAGGUGGUGGAGUGCGAGGAGUUCCUCACCCUGACCGCCGACCAGGUGAUUCAGCUGAUCUCCUGCGACCGUUUGUCGGUGGCCAACGAAGAGAAGGUGUACGAGUGCGUCCUGAGGUGGAUCAACUACGACCUGCCGGCGCGGGAGCGGCACCUCGCCGACCUGAUGUCACAGGUGCGCCUGCCGCUCCUAUCGCGGGACUUCCUCGUGCAGCAGGUGAAGAAGGAGCCGCUGCUGCAGCCGAACGCCGCCUGCAAGGACUACCUGAUCGAGGCGCUGCUGUACCACCUGUCCAUCUCGAACGAGGGCGGCCCGGCUGUGGAGAGCCUCCGGACCAAGCCGCGCCAGCCGGUCGGCCUUCCCAAGGUUCUGCUGGUGGUCGGCGGUCAGGCGCCUAAGGCCAUCCGCUCGGUGGAGGCGUACGACCUGAAGCAGGAGCGCUGGCACCAGCUCUCGGAGAUGCCCAUCAAACGCUGCAGGUGUGGCGUGGCUGUGCUGGACGGCAAGGUCUACACGGUGGGCGGCUUCGACGGCUGCCUGCGGAUCCGUACCGUCGAUCUGUACAACCCGGCCAGCGACACCUGGCAGAGCUGCGUGAACAUGGAGGUUCGCCGGUCGACGCUAGGUGUCGCCGUGCUCAACGACUGCAUUUACGCCGUGGGAGGCUUUGACGGCAGCACGGGCCUCAACACGGCCGAGAUGUUCGACCCACGCGUCGGCGAGUGGAAGAUGAUCGAGCCGAUGUCGGUGCGGCGCAGCAGCGUUGGCGUCGGUGUGGUGAACGGCAUUCUGUACGCGGUGGGAGGCUACGACGGGGCCAGCCGCCACUGCCUCUCGUCGGUGGGGGCGUACAACCCCGAGCUGGACAGGUGGACCAUGGUGGCCGAGAUGAACGAUCGGCGCUCGGGCACAGGCGUGGGAGUUUUGGACGGCCUGCUGUAUGCCGUCGGCGGCCAUGACGGGCCGACGGUGUGCAAGUCCGUGGAGGCCUACAACCCCGUCACCAACGUCUGGACCCGGGUGGCUAACAUGUCCACCUGCAGAAGGAACGCAGGCGUGGUGGCGCACCACGGACUGCUGUACGUGGUCGGCGGCGACGACGGCGCCAUGACCCUCAAGACGGUGGAGGUGUACAACCCGAAGACGGACGCGUGGACGCUGCUGCCGUCGACCAUGUCGACCGGCCGCAGCUACGCGGGCGUUGCCGUCAUAGACCGCGCGCAGGCGCUGCACUGAGCAGCGCUGGCCAGGCGGCCGAGGCUCCACCGGCGGCGGUGUCUACCGGGAGUGGUGGAGUUGUGCGGUGGCGCUGACAGCUGCCGAGUGCGGUAGAGGUCCGCGGCUGAUACUAGUUGCGGUACAGCUCUACUGGGCGCGAUGUUUACCGGGUAGGUUAGAAUUCCGCCGGGUAGUGGCAUUUGCUGAUUUUGGUAGAGUUCUGCUGGUGUCUACUGGUGUGUACUGAGCGUGCUAGAGGUCCACCAGCGUAGACGGUGCGUGCACGAGCAUGAAUCCUUUGGGAGCGGUAGUGGUCUUAUGUUUCCGAGGACUUUGGUGGCCAGGGGCUUCUGACUUCUGAUAACCGAGGGCCUCUGACUUCUGAUGACCAACGGCUUCUGACUCUGACGACCGAAGGCUUCUAACCUCUGAUGACCGAAGGCUUUCGGGGACUGAGGACUGGUUGCGACUAGGACGAGGAGGAGUACGAGGAUACGGGGACCUCUGCUGUCCUCUAUAAGGUGCGGCGGAGGACUGUGCAGAGAUCAUCAUGACUACGGAGUGAGCUUCAUCACGGGACUUGAGACCACGACGAGUCUACUAGCUGUGGUCUACCUGGGUUGCAUUCCAUGUUCAUGUGGACCCGUCUACCCGGAGCUCAUGUUCAUGUGCACCCGCCUACCUGGUGUACAUUUCAUGUUCAUGUGCACCCGCCUACCUGGUGUACAUUUCAUGUUCAUGUGCACCGGUCUGCCUGGCGUGCGUUUCACGUUCAUGUACGCCCGUCUACUGCAUGUGCGUUUCAUGUCCACGUGCACCCCCUCUUCCCUUCGCUAUGCAUUUUGAGGGGUCGCCCCGCCAGCGGCUGACCUGUGGUGUACACAAUGGAAGCCGCUGAGGGUCACAACAAUAGGCCGCUCCCUCUGAAGAGUCCGCGCGUGUCUGGUACGGCCGAUGGCACGAGCUAUGAGCUUCGAGCUCGCGCACCACGACGGCUCGCUGGAGCCUGCAGGGUAUGGUGUCGCGGACGCGGGGCCGAGCACCGCCAGGGAAGGCCCGCGCGGAGUCCCUGGUUGGCUUUAGGGACGUUCAGGCGACGUUUAAGAGACAGUUGAGUGGGAUGUUAUGCUGCUGUUGCAAAGGUCAUGUGUGCCUCGCAAAUUAGACGCUGUGGCAGUGCUCUCACUGGGUCGUUGGCAGUCUGUGCCGUCGUUGGCAGUUUCAGCUGACGCGUUUACUACGUUUGUCUGAUUGUGGGUCCAAAUUUGUUGAAGUGUAACCUGGAACAUCUUACGAUAUUGGGUUCUGAUAGCUAUUUGGGACAUGCUGAGUACUGUGUUCCGGAGCACGCAAAGGUAACCUAAAAAUUCUCCGCUUGUUAUGGCGGGAAGAGAUAGAAGGGGCUGAGAAAAUGUGCCAGGGUAAGAAGGCAUUUAUGAUGACGAAAGCCAGCGGGCUUGGUUGUGAGCGUUCACGUCCCGGAGCCUUCGCUAUCAGUGGGCAUUGCUUAAGUAGGUUAAGCUGUACUCGCGUGGGAAGCGUCAAGCACGUAUUCCUUUCGUGGAAGGUGGGUUGAUAAUGUAACACGGUUAGUGAAGCGGGUGGGAUUACUGCGCUGUUAUAGCGGCAAAUGACGCCUGGCUGCAUAGCGAGUGAGGUGAAACCAGUGAAGUCUGCGCGUCGUGAUGCUGUGUGAAAGCCGGAGUUAUUCUGUGGGCUCUCAGAGCCGGUGGAACUCGGAUCUCAACGUCUUGGGCAUUGCUCUUCUCUUGACAGAUCGCCAUUAUGACUGCAUGUUCACACAACCUCUUCACCUAAGUGAGCAGUAGAUCGAUCCGCAACUUUGUGCGCCACGUGGGCGUGAGGGAUUCAGGGCAUCUCCGCAGACGGACGCGUGAUGACUGCAUACCACGCGAACGGCCUCACCUAGCUGAACCAUUAACUGCAGCCUCUCAUUGAGUGAACGUCGAUUACUUGGCCGGCUUGUAAUGAGUGGUGCUGUCUGGCGCUCUGCGGGAGCUGUCCUAUUGCCUUGCUCAGGAAGCGCUCGCCUCAGCUCUCAGUAACGCAGCCGCAGGCAGCUGGGUGUCACUCUAUGAUCGGGCAAUGUCUGCGAUGCUGUUCGAUUUCCCUGUUCAAAGCUUCCGUCGUGGCUUACCAGCUUGAUUUGGAGCUGUUGCGAUGACAUCUACGCUGUAAUUGCUUGGAAACCGUGGAAUUUUCCGUCUCUAGGGGGCUCUUGCGGGUUUGUCUAAUUGCUAUUCACUUCGCGUUCACCAACGCCUAACCGACGACUGUACCGGAACGUCUGUUUACUUCCAAUGACUUGGAGACAAGACAAUCCCUAAGGAAGUCCGGAUGGCAGCACGUGGGAUAUAUCUGCGGCUAACUCCACUCAAAGGCCAGUGCAGAGCAUUUACGUCCAUUAUUCACGGUGCCGCACAAUGUUAUUUAACAUGGUUCCGACAGGUAACAGCUUGCUGCUUCGUUUCGUUGUGCCGUUCACUAAUGGCGGGUCCCUCCCCGAGGUCUGUCAUUCCAAGCUUCUGGCCUUCUUCUGCCAUUCCCCUGGACACUGAACGGAGCAUGGCGAAAUUCGUGUACCCUAGCCACACGGCUGCCGGCUUGUUUUCGGAAGUCCCGCGUCAAGAGCUGUUGGAAAUGUUGGGUGCUGUUGCCAUGGGGACGGCCGUUUGAUCACGCCGAUGUGCUUGCAUUUGAUUGGAUGGCUGUGAUAAGUGUGCACGAACCAAAUACAGACGCGUAAUGGUGA